AGGGCAAUAACUUUUAUUUCGCUUUCCGGUGUUCCUUUGUGUUGCUGCUGUGAUCAUGGCAUCAGAGGAAGAGGUCAAUCUGUUGGUCAUCGUCGUGGAUGUAAAUCCGAUAUGGUGGGGUCAGCAAGCUCACCGUGAGCCUGAGUUCACUUUGUCCAGGUGUUUGGAUGCAGUUGUGGUGAUGGGCAACUCACACAUGGCCAUGAGCAGGACAAACAAGCUGGCUGUCAUUGCAAGUCACUGUCAGGACAGUCCCUUCCUGUAUCCCAGUAAGAGCUGGAAAGCCGGGGACAAUGGCGGAGAUGAUGCGUCUUUCAGCGGGGACGGGAAGUACGAGCUGCUUUCAGUCACCAACAACCUCAUUGCUGAAGAGAUCAGGAAUAUUCUGUCAAAAACUGAAGUGAGGGGAAAUUCAACAGACACUCUGCUGGCUGGAUCUCUUGCCAAAGCGCUCUGCUAUAUUCACAGGGUCUCAAAGGAGCUGGAAGUUGGACAAGAGAUGAAAUCAAGAAUAUUGGUGAUUAAAGCUGCUGAAGACUGUGCCCUCCAGUACAUGAACUUCAUGAAUGUGAUUUUUGCUGCUCAAAAGCAGAACAUCUUGAUAGAUGCCUGUGUGUUGGCGUCAGACUCAGGUCUCCUGCAGCAGGCCUGUGAUAUAACAGGAGGAUUGUACCUCAGGUUACCACAGAAAGUUGCCCUGGCGCAGUAUCUUUUAUGGGUGUUCCUCCCUGACUCAGAGCAGCGUUCACAGCUGGUGCUGCCUCCGCCUGCACACGUGGACUACAGAGCUGCAUGUUUCUGUCAUCGCAACCUCAUUGAGAUUGGUUAUGUGUGCUCAGUUUGUCUGUCGAUAUUCUGCAACUUCAGCCCCAUCUGCACAACCUGCGAGACUGCCUUCAAAAUUCAGCUGCCACAGAUGGUCAAACCCAAAAAGAAGAAACUCAAGCAGUCAAUGUGACUUUUGCUGAUGUGUUUUUCCUUUCACAUUCAGAAUGUACCAUUUUGUUUGGUGUAGAUCUGUAACAUGCUUUACUUCCAUCACACUUAAAUUGAAUAGACAAUUAUUUGGUAAUUUCUGUUAAAUUUUACCUGAUCAAAUGCUUUUUUUUUAUGUUUUGAAUAUUUAUCUGUUUAUAAGGGGUCAAACAUUUGGCUCUGGAAUAUAGCAUUUGUUUACACGCCUGUUUUUUCAUUUUCAUAUAAACCUUUGGAAAUUCAAUAUGGUAACUGAGAUAAUGCUUUGGGGGAAAAAUAAGUUUGUAGGUUUUUUAUAUAAUAAACAAACAAUUUUGAUAUCAUUAUCAUAUGUUCAACAUAAACUUAUUCUAUAGCUCAAUAAACUAUGAUGUUGUAAAGGUGGGAAAAUUUGACCUCAAAGCACAGAAUGGACAUUUUUUUUAAGAGUUUAAUAAACCUUUAUUGAUGAUGGUUGUAUAAUUGUUUAGUGCUUCAGAUCACUGCAGGAUAUGUAAAUUAACAACAAUUCAAACAUGAAGAAUUGAGAUGUGAUGUUUAUUCAGCUAGUAUUCAAAAAGUCCCACACAGAAUGAUGCAUCCCAUUGUGAAGGCUGUACUUGAAUACUUUCAAGUUUGGAUAAAGAUGAAAAACAGAUGCAAAUGUCUGUGCUAUGUACAAAUUAAGUUUACAAAACCAUCCAUGGGCAAGGGAGGUGAUGGUAAAUGUCUCAGAACUUGGUGAUCACCGACGGAUUGGAACAAUAUUGCAUCUGAAAGGGAGAACAAAGGCUGGUGACUGAUUGAUGACUAUGAAUAUAAACAAAUAUUCAGAUCAGGACUACAGAGGGUGAGGUUGACUGUUGCCGUUGACAGACUUGUGUUUUGGCGAAUAAUAUUAGUAAUUAGGUUGGGCCGUUUGUCUUUACAUUUAACGUUUAAAGCUGUUGGAGCUCUAGCAGCACUGUUAAUAAAGUAACAAUUAUUAAAA